CGGACUAGUUGGCUGGAGGAGUUCUACCGCCCUUGCACUUGGGGGGCAGCGGAUGGGGUUUGGGGGGAACCUCUGACCUGUGAGCCGCAAUUCAGCUUUGCGUAAGGAUAAGACUCAGUGAAACACAAGGCAAUCUGCUGGAGCAGGAACCGAGGCACUUCCAGUAGGAGACCCAGCAGCUCUCCGUGUAUGUGCUCAGCUCUUGGAUGGUACCGGGGAGUGUUGCGCACCCAGACAGGGCUCCUCUGUUGUACCUCGGCUUCGUGUCCAGGGCUUGUCCCUUAUGUGUGACAUGUUCCUAGCCGACUAACUCCCGGGAGAUUGUAGCCACUGGAAUCCCCUCCGCCAUCAACUGCCUGGGCUGUGAGUUUCCCUGCUUGCCCGCACCCUUUUGUGUCCUGCCCUCCCCAGUGUGCCCAUCUCCCGGCCGCACACACUGCUGGGCACUGAUGGAUACCGCUUCCACUUCCACGUUUGAUUCGGAGGAUGGCACUCCAAAUUAUAGGAGGAGGCGCACAGUGGAGGAUUUUAACAAGUUUUGUACAUUUGUUUUGGCAUAUGCUGGUUACAUCCCAUACCCAGAAGAGGAGACUCCUCUGAGAGCAAGCUCCAGCCCUCCAAAUAGCACAGGCAGUACUGUUGACAGUGAUAGCUGGGACUCAAGAUACCAGGACCUUCCAUCAAGCGAUGCUUUGCCAAUCAAAAAGCGGAGAAGCUUCAGUGACCUGAAGCAUGAGCGGAGCUUUCCCACUGUGCUUAAGCGAUCUAAACUGAGCUCCUUUCUGCUGGACAGGAAGAAAAUAGACAAAAUCAAGAAGAAGAAAAAGUUAAAGAAAAAGGAACUGGAACUUGAGGGAAUCAAGCAAGAAGUAGAGCCUGUAAAACCUAUAAUAAAACAAGAGCCAGUAGAGACCCCCAUAGAAGAGACCACUCCUAUUAGUCCUAUUGCUCCUUUCCCAGAUGAUCAUUUGGAGCUAAAAAAGUCACCACCACAUGAGAUCCAGGAGCCUGUGCUGGAGGAUCCCAGCACCAGCAUGGACUGUCCCUCUGUUUCAAUGUCCUAUGAGGAUACAGAGGACAUAAAGACUGAGUAUUCAGAGGUAAACCUGGGAAAGCGAACAGUCAUUCGACAAGGGAAGCAAGUGGUGUUUCGAGACGAAGACAGCACAGGAAAUGAUGAAGAUAUUAUGGUCGAUUCAGAUGAUGAGUCGUGGCACCUUGUAACCUGCUUCUGCAUGAAGCCCUUUGCUGGGCGACCAAUGAUAGAGUGCAACGAAUGCAACACUUGGAUUCAUCUCUCAUGUGCCAAAAUCCGCAAAUCCAAUGUUCCAGAGAUCUACGUUUGCCAGAAGUGCCGAGACACCAAAUUUGACAUCCGACGAUCAAACCGCUCGCGUAUGGGCUGCAGAAAAUUAUUUCUGGACUAGAUUGGUUCUGAAGGAACCGUGUGCCCACGGACACAAAGCAGCACUAUAAGCACACGGGGUCCACACCACUGUGCGACAAACAUUUCACCUAGAUUCUCUCUUCAAAUUCAACAAUAAAACACAUUUUGGUUGAAUCUGGGUACAAACGUGCAGGUGAAGAUAAUUGUGCAUUUCUUUUCACGGCCCAAGUACUUAGCUGGGAUUUACCUUAAUCCAAAGUUUCCUGGUUCUGUGUUUUUGUGUUCUACCUUAUCUGUCCACAGGUGGUGGUGGGGGGGGUAACCAGGGGUUACACUCCAAGGUUUCAAUACAAUACUUGGUGUCUCUUCUGCUAAAAGUUUAGAAAAAAAAUCAAUAAAAAUGUUGAAGGUU